AUGCACCACAACCGGUACGCCAAGUUCUUUGCAGCGGCCGCAUGCGGGCUCCAGAACGGCAUGGCGAGCUUCUGGGGCGGGGCAGUCGUGCGCACCACGCACGUGACGGGCCUGUUCACUGACGUAGGCCUGCUGAUCGGCCGCCUGACGUCACUGAUGGCCCGGAAGCGCUUCGGGAAGAGGUUCGACAGCAUCGACCGCGUGGAGGUGGCGGACAGUGUCAACAAAUUGUGUUUCCUGUGCGUGCUGGCGGCGUCCUUCCUUAUGGGGAUCAUCAUAGGCUCCAAGGUGCACGGCGUGAUGCACGAGUACGCGUUCCUGGUCCCGGCGGUCGUCGUGGGCAUCUUGGGGAUGGCCUACCUGGUCCACCGGGUCUUCAUCCUGAAGCAGAGGCUCUUUUCCGACACGGAGAUGGAGCUCGUCGACAUCUCCGUGCACGCGGUCCUCGAGGAGGACGCGUUCGCCCAGCAGUCGUCCAGGAGGGAGAGCGGAGCUACUCCGCGGACGCCAAGCGGAGGAUGUACACGGGCCGCGGCAGGUCGUUCUCCGCCAGGUCGAGCCGUGAGGGUGUGGGAGGCGGCUCCUUCAUGA